AUGCUCCGCGGUUCUCGAAUGGGUCCUGGGCCCGCGUCGCGCAGCUCUUUCUCUCCUUCCAGGGGACAGAUACCCCGUCUACUGUGCCCUGCAGCCCCGCAGGCCCGUCUGCACGAAACAGUGAGUGGAUUUUCCCGGGAUCGGGCGGGGAAAGGUGUGUCUUCCGAGGCCGACGCCCACCUAGGCCAGGUCCAGACCACAACCGAGGAGUCUUCACCUGCGCCUAGCCCGACCUCCGCCCCGGCCCGCCCCGUCCCCGUCCCGCCCCCCGGCCCCCGGCCCCGCCCGGCCCCCAGCCCCGCCCGCUCCGCUGACCCCGAGCCUGUGCCUUCAGAGCCCAAUCAGAUGCCAGAGCCUGGCCUCAGAGGAGCGGGAGGGCGGAAGAGGUGGGGCUUUCGAGGUCGAGGGCGGUCCCGGGGACUGACGGGGCGGUGUGAGGGGCGGGCCCGAAGAGGAGUGACACGGAAAAGAAGCACAUUUCCAGCUUUUGGGAAAGAAGUGUGUCUCAUAGAUCAUUUGAUGUGUCCUGUCCCCAGCACUGUUCAUCUAGAGCCCAUCUGCUGUGAGUGCCAGGCCAAAUUUGGGGGCUACCUGCCAGUGCCCAGGGCUAAGGCAGCACUGCCUUACUGGGUCCCUCUCUCCUUGAGACCCCAAAAUCAGAUCCAAAAGAUGGUCCGGUCUUAUAUUCCCAAAACCACCAAGGCAUGCCCCUGCCCAUGCCACCGCUUUGGGGGCCACCUCCCGAUGCCUAGGGAUCAGGCCGUGAUGCCCUACUGGGUGCCUCAGGUCCUGAGGUCUCACAAGAAGGUGGUGAAAAGGCAGCAGAGUUUUAAAGGCAUCCCAGAAGCCCCUCUGGAUGUGCGUUCCCGGUACAACCGCUGGCGGAUCUGUGGUGAAGGGCGCCAUCUCCUCAAGUGGCAGCAGCUCCAGGCUCUUCACCAGGCUGGGCUGGUGGCCUCAGGGCAGCCAGAAAGCCCCCCAGCCUCCCUCCUGCCCCUCAACCUCAGCCUCCUGACACUCCUCCAUGCCCUGCUGAGGGUCAUGGAGGCCAUCCGCCAGCUUUUUUGGGUAUGAAGUUGGAAUCAACGGCUACCGUCAAGAACAUCAGCAGAAAUGUCCAUCCUCCUCAAGGUCUUUAACAAAAGCCAUCAAAUCAGGGAGAGUCUGUGAUAGUCUCUCUUCUCUCAGUCAAUGCAAGUUAUUUAUCAUCAGGUGAUUUUUAGUUGUAGUGGAGUUGCUGUGAAUGUGGGUGAGAUUCCAUUAUGAAUAUGAUCAAUAAAUGUUAUUUGUGAAACUCAAA